AUGAAUGAUGAACUUUUGGGCAAAACUUUAUGUUUAUUUUCUUGUAAACCUGACGGCAUGAAUUUCGAAUUCUUAACAUUCUGUUCGCCUUCGGCUAAAAUGGCAGCACAACAUGAAAAUCACUUUUCUCAUUCAGUUCACCCCGUCGAAAGGAAGUUUCAUAUCACACACAUAUUUACAACAUUCAAUCCGCAGUGCCAAGCAUUGCUUCGUUGCUUUAAAACUGUGACUGCACAGACUUUUAAUCCAAAUUUGUGCCUUUCUCGACCCACUUUGAAUUUUUGUAGCUUUAUUGACUUCCUUUUAUAG